UUUUCAGCUUACAACAAUUAAAACCUUUAAAUUUAAUACUAGUUUAAGGUUAAACAGGAAAAGCUUUUUGUGGAAUUGUAUUUUUUGUUAAAUACCCGAGCACAAAUGUUUAAAUGUGAUUUUCAACAUUCGUUUCUCAAUCCGUUAUGGACGAUAACAAGAACAAAAAUCAUUAGUUAAGCAAAUGUCAAAGCGUGCGGUUGGAUCAAGAGGAAUUAACUUGACUUGAAAAUUUAAAAUUUUUGCAAAACUUAAAACUUAAGUGAUUUUUUUUAAGAUAUAAAUUAACUGUGAUAAACAAUAAGUGUUCUCAAAUACUUUUUAUUAAAAAAAAUAAUACAAUAAAUAACUAAAUAAAGAAAAUGUCUUGUAAUAAUUAUGAUGUUUUCAACACAAUUUCUUUGGACAAUUUCCUCUUCAAAUCCCACGAAGAUGUUUUCCAUUCAUCACCCAAUCAGUCGACACAAAAUCUUCGACAUUCACUCAUCUUUGGCAUGAAUCUUUUCAAUCAUAUUAUCAUAGUGGUGCUAACUCUUGCAAUGGCUUAUAAAUGUUGGUUAUUGGAAUUUAAAAAGACCGCUCUGCAUGCUCAUCUGUGUACAAUGGGAUUUGUUCUUUUAAUGGCCGAGGGUAUGAUGGUGCGUUAUCCGGGCAAUUUAUUGCUUAAUCAAUACAUGUCUUCCUCCACUAAAAACCUAAUACAUGGUCUAUUGCAAUUUGUGGGUGGUUCUUUGGGCAUUGGUGGAACAUUACAAAAAUACUGGGGCAAAGAGACACAUUUUAAAUCAAUUCAUGCCAAAUUGGGUCUGGCAGCUUGCAUAUUGUGCGCUAUUAAUUUUGUGAGCGGCCUUGUUAGUCUCUUCUAUCCUGCCUCCUUGGGUAGUAUACGUUUAAUGCAUGGCUUUUUGGGUUUGGCCACUUUUAUUAUCGGCAUGUUGUGUCAAUUUUAUGGCUAUGAGACUGGUUUCUUUAAUCGCAAUUUUUCGCUUAAGGAAAAACAUUUAUAUAAAUUUUUUACAAUUGUGAUUUUAGCUUUAAGUGUAAUUGGACCAUUGAAAUUAUUUCUAUUUAAGUUAAGCAAAUUAAUGUUUAAUGAAUCUCUGUGAAAUUAUUAGAAUAUAUUUUAUUGUUUUUUAAGGAUAUUGUU